GUCUAAAACUGUAGAAGACUAAAAAUAGCAACCACCAGACACCAGGCAGUGACACGCACGAUCACGAGAUCAUUAUUGGAGGUGCGCACUGUGCGCCCUGCGCAUGUUAAGUCUUUCUCGUUCUCCUCUUGCCCCCACCGUCUGUGUCUUGUAACGCAGCCUUCAGUCACACUGCUCUGCUACUCGCACACCAGCUCCCUUUCUUUGUCUUUUGGAGUUCUUUCUCAUGGCGAUUCGAUCCUUGAUUCCUCUCUUAAUGGCGUACCUCCUCGUCGUCGAUGCUGCCAUUGCUGUCACAUUUUCGUCAAAGCUCAUUCAUCGCUUCUCCGACGAGGCCAAGGCGUUUUUCGUUUCCAGGAACGGCAAUAUCUUUGCUGAUUCGUGGCCGAAGAAGAGGAGCUUUGAUUACUACAGGUUGCUUCUGAGUAGCGACUUGAAGCGCCAGAAGUUGAAGCUGGGAGCGGAAUAUCAGCUCUUGUUUCCAUCUGAAGGAAGCGACGCUCUGUUCUUGGGUAAUGAAUUUGGCUGGUUACAUUACACUUGGAUUGAUAUAGGAACACCGAAUGUCUCUUUUCUUGUUGCAUUGGAUGCUGGGAGCGAUUUGCUUUGGGUUCCUUGUGAUUGUAUGCAAUGUGCUCCCUUGUCUGCCAGCUACUAUGAUAGAUUGGGUAGAGAUCUGAAUGAGUAUAGCCCAUCUUUAUCAAGCACCAGCAAGCCCCUAUCUUGCAAUGAUCAAUUAUGUGAACUGGGUUCAGACUGCAAAAGUUCAAAGGACCCUUGCCCUUACCUUGCUAGCUACUAUUCAGAGAAUACCUCAAGUUCUGGUUUGCUGAUCGAGGACCGACUACAUUUGGCACCAUUCAGUGAACAUGCAUCCCGAAGUUCGGUGUGGGCUUCAGUCAUUAUAGGCUGUGGUAGGAAACAAAGUGGUGCUUUUUCAGAUGGAGCGGCUCCUGAUGGUCUUAUGGGAUUGGGACCUGGGGACCUUUCAGUUCCUAGUUUGCUAGCAAAAGCAGGAUUGGUUCGAAAUACUUUCUCAAUUUGUUUUGACGAUAAUCAUUCUGGGACAAUUUUGUUUGGUGACCAAGGACUUGUGACCCAAAAAUCUACAUCAUUUGUGCCUUUAGAAGGAAAAUUUGUUACCUAUCUUAUUGAGGUGGAGGGUUACCUCGUUGGGAGUUCUUCUCUUAAGACAGCAGGAUUUCAAGCUCUGGUUGACAGUGGAACAUCAUUCACAUUUCUUCCAUAUGAAAUUUAUGAAAAAAUUGUUGUGGAGUUUGACAAACAAGUGAAUGCUACAAGGUCCAGCUUCAAAGGGUCCCCCUGGAAGUACUGUUAUAAUUCUAGUUCACAGGAAUUGCUCAACAUUCCUACUGUGACACUUGUGUUUGCUAUGAACCAAAGUUUUAUAGUACAUAAUCCUGUUAUUAAGUUAAUCUCGGAGAAUGAGGAAUUCAAUGUUUUCUGUUUACCUAUCCAGCCUAUACAUGAAGAAUUUGGCAUCAUUGGCCAAAACUUCAUGUGGGGUUAUCGCAUGGUGUUCGAUAGGGAAAAUUUGAAGCUGGGUUGGUCUACUUCCAAUUGUCAAGAUAUAACCGAUGGUAAAAUAAUGCAUUUAACACCACCUCCAAAUGAUAGAUCUCCAAACCCACUGCCAACCAAUCAGCAACAGAUGACCCCUAGUAGGCAUGCUGUUGCUCCUGCUGUUGCUGGAAGGACUCCCGCAAAAUCUGCUGCAGUGUCACCUCUUGCUUUUCCCUACUGGCUCUGUUUGAUGAAUUUGCUGCUAGUGUUGAUGCGUUUGUUUGUUCUAGAUGUCUAAUAUAAAACUCCUCUCCGCAUCCCCAACUAAUGUAAAUCAUAGUUCCCCAACAAUGAAGGGAGGUACUCUUUUGGGUCAUUGUAUUGAUUGGUUAUGGUAGUAGGUAGAAUUUUCUUUUUGGUGGUUCUCUACUUUCAGUGGUAGGUUAUUUUUAGUUUUUGUUUGCAUAUUCAUGAACAGAUUUAACUAUCUCUAUUUUUGUUGGCUUAUAAAUUGUGGAAUUAAGAUAAGUUUAUGCAAA